AUGGCGAAGAAAAGCUUGCUCGACAGCCGUAAAGAUAUCACAAAUAGCUGCUCGAUUCUUGAGAAUGCCAUUCUGUCCAUCGCUCUUGCCGAAGCUCACUGCCAUACGGGAAAUAGGAACGGCAGGCUGGAGCGUUUUGUGUUUGAGAAGUAUGUGUUGCAGGAACUAGCGCUUUACUAUCACGACCGCGGCGAUAUGGACGAACGUGAUGACAUUGCCUCAGCCUCAAUUUGCAGCCAUCGAUGA